AUGGGGCUUGGAGUGAUAACAAAAUGUUUCAUAAUUCUUGUAGUUUUUCGUUUUGCAUCGAUUGCUCUUGGAGAUGAGGUAGCAAUAGACAAAAGAUGCGACCAAACAGUUCGGCACCCUAGCCAAUGCAAGAAUCUUAUGAUUCAAUAUCUAACCCUGAAAACAACCACGACUGAGUUCCUAGAGGUGUACGUAGAACAGACACUAGACGGAUCCGUGAAAGCCAAGAGCGACACCUACUCACUCGGGUCACAGUUAAAGCAAGGCCAGAAGGAAGCGUGGGAGGACUGCAUGGAUCUGUACGACCAAACCAUCUAUAGACUCAACCAGUCUGUGUCGUGUCUAAAGAAGGUCUGCUAUGGCUCGGACGUGCAGACAUGGCUCAGCACCGCACUGACAAACCUGGACACGUGUCGGGAAAGGAUGUCAGAGGUCGGUGUCUCAUCUCAUUCCUUGCAAUCCGUGUUACAGAGCAUCACCGUAGAUGUCAUUAAUGCCUUGGCCAUUAGCAAGGGGAUGAAAAGAAAGUUUGGAAUAUUAAAAGCACUACCAAUUGAAUCGCCGUCGACUAAUGGUGGAAGGGUGGAUGUAGUGGUGGCUAAAGACGGCUCAGGCGACUACAAGACGAUCCAAGAAGCUGUUGAUGGUGCGGGAAAGAGAACCAAAACAAGCCGUAGAUACGUUAUACGUGUGAAACAAGGCACUUACGAGGAAUAUGUGAUUGUCGGAAGCCAAUCAAACAAUAUUAUGAUCAUCGGCGACGGUAUUGGCAAGACCGUAAUCACCGGCGACAGAAGCAACGGCACCGGAUUUAGCACUUACGAAUCCGCCACCUUUUUGGCUAAGGGGGACGGUUUGGUGUUGAAAAACAUGACAAUAAGAAACACUGCAGGACCGGAAAACAAACAAGCGGUGGCUCUACGUUCGGAUUCGGACGCCUCAGCGUUUCACAGAUGCAGCUUCGAAGGGUUCCAGGAUACACUCUACGUCCGCGCUAGCCGUCAGUUCUUCAAAGAGUGCGAUAUAUACGGAACGGUUGACUUCAUCUGCGGUUACGCAGCGGUUGUCUUCCAAGACUGUCAGAUAUUCGCACAGAGACCGUCCGGCGGAGUCAACACAAUAACAGCGGAGAACCGGGUCAACACGAAUCAUACGGGUGAGAUCGUAAUACAUAACUCGGUGGUGAAAGGAGCUCCGGAUGUACGGCUCGGAGGCGUGAAAACGUAUCUCGGUCGUCCGUGGUCAGUGUACGCACGGACGAUGGUGAUGAAGACGCAACUUGACCGAUUGGUCGAUCCCAAAGGAUGGCUUCAGUGGGGCAACAGAAGGGACAUUAGCAGCAUGUAUUACGCGGAGUAUAGGAACUGGGGUCCCGGUUCGGGUACAGAGAACCGGGUAAAGUGGCCCGGGUUUCACGUGAUAUCGGAUGUACAAGAAGCUCGUCGGUUUACGGUACGUAAUUUCAUCGACGGUGCCUCUUGGUUGCCAGAAACCGGAGUGCCGUUCUCCGUUGAUCUCUAA